UAUUGUCAUUGUACUGUUUGAGCUACAAGAAAUGUAAACUAUAUGUCUGAAAGUACUCUCUUGUUUCCUUAGUGCAGAGCAACAUUGAUUUGGGAGACAAAUUGUGUAAUAGUUUGGGGAAAAAAGAGGAGGACAUCCAGGGGGCGGUACUUCCUGGUUCUAAAGUGGUCAAUAACGCGUUUUAAAUGCUGGAAUGUCAUGCUUUGCGAAUAUAAAAGUUACAUACAAACAUUAUUUAUACUCACAUUGUCACAUCAGUCAACAGCAAAGUUUUUAACAUCUCGCGUGAACUUGCGAGGUUUGACACAACUAAGAAAAUAGGACGCAAUGGCGAACUUCUUCUUACCUGACUGACAGUCCUGUUCACUGCUCCUUCGUUCCGGUCAUGUUGACUGUCUGUGGUCCAAAAAGGGAACACCAAGACGAACCUUCGACCCGUCCCAGUCCCUCCCUCCCAGCUAGCCGCCCUUUCCCCUCCCUCCUCUCUCUCUCUUCGCCCUCCUCCUCCUUCCCGGCGUGUUCUCACAGGCCUUCGCGGCUACCCCGCCCCGGGCCCCGGUAGCCUGAAGCCGCUAUCUGGACACAUUCCUCGGAUACCGACACAAGCCGAGCCGCCUCAUCACCUGUCAUCAGCCGUCCAGCACACCGGAGGCGUGGUCCUCAUCCAGGGGGCGGAGCUGCGAGCAGGAUGCGGAGAGGCGGUGCUUUUUGUCAGCACGAUGGAGGCGGGGCAGGACGCUUUGGCGAAACAGAUCCUUUCUUGGCUUCACCUAUCAGGUCCAUCGAGGAUCCCAGAGAGUACUUCCGGCUCACCCUGCGCUCCAUUUGCAAACCUGAGAGGACAGCGGGAAUGUUAAUUGUAUGAAAAGCCGUUUCGCUGCUCUGAUUUAAAUGUGAACACAGUAGAACGUCAAAGGUCAAACUACAGUGGUUCCUUGGUUAAUGUCAUUAAGCUGUUCCAGAAGGUCCAACUCAAACCAAAACGGACUCUAACCAAAGCAAAUUUUCCCAUAGAAAAUAAUGUCAAUCCGUUCCAGGCAUCAAAAAAUGUUAACAUAAAACACAUUUUGUAGACAGUAAUUGUAGUUUUACAUGCAGAAAAUGAAGCAAAAAUAAUGAGAAACAUUUAACAACAUGUCUACCUAGUUUUGUUGGCUUUAUUUUUUCAUUCUAAAAAUAUAAUUUAACAAGGAAACUAAAUGGAAAAAAGAAAAAAUCAGCAUUAAUUUUACAACAAUAAAGUCAAAAUAUUGAGGGAAAAAAGUUGUAAUCUAACGAGAACAUUAAAAAAAUCAUAUAUUUAGAAAUAAACAAAAUAACAAAUAACAUUGCUGAAGAAUUUAUAAUGUUAUGAGAAUAAAGUCAAAACAUGAUGGAAAUUAAGUCAUGAUUAUGAGAAGAAAAUUUACAUAUUAAGAUUCUGAUGAGAAAAAAAGUCACAAUUUUACAAGAAUAAAGUCAUAAUAUUAUGAGGAAAAAUAACAAAGUAUAAAGUUGAAGUAUUAAAAGAAAAGAGACAUUUCGGUGCUAAUAUUAGAAACGAACAAAACAACGAAUAAAGUUGACAUAUUUGGAAAAUAAGGUUGCUGAAUUUUUUUUUUUUACAAGAAUAAAGUCAAAAUAAUGAGAAAAAAAAAGACAAGAAGAAAGUUGAAAUAGUUGAAAAUAAAAAAAAACAGCAGAAAUGGAAAAAACAGACGUCAUUUUACGAGAAAAAAGUUUAAAUAUUGAAAGAAAAAAAAGCCAUAUUCUAACCAGAAAAAAAAUGCAAAAGAACAAACUCUUAAUAUUAGGAAGAAAAAUAAGGUCAUUAUAGGUGCAUAAAUUUGGAAUAUUAAAGAAUAUGCUAUUUUUUGUAUUAUGAGAAAAAAACAGAACAAAAUUAAGUUGUUAAUUUUGGAAAAUUAGGGAACAAAAUCCCGCACAAAACCAUCAAUGAACAAAAUAAGACAAAAUAAACAUUAUGCUGCUGCAACUACAAUUUUCAAAAAUGUAAAAAAAAAAAUAUCAGACUGAAUAUCAACGUAUAACCAAUAAACUUGUACCUUGCCGUUUAAUAUAGAAAAUGAAAAGGAUGCCUUGUAAGGUGAUGUGCCAUGUUUACAUGCAACGGUAAGUUUCAGUGCUUAUGCAGAAAUGAGUGUUAUGGAUGUAAAAUGAGACAGACAGAAACACCGAAUGUCACCCUCCAAGCGGUUGAUAGACUGUUACGUGGGAAGUAGACGUGUAUGCAUGGACGUGUGUGCACUGCAGCCGAUGACGGAGCCACUCCCGUCACAUAUACCUACCGUCUGAAAUGACCACGGUCUUCUCUUUAAGCCGUAAAAUUGGGAGGUCUUGCACCCUUGUCUCAUUUCUCUUUUCUGCGGUCCAUAUGUUUGUUACGUUGUGUAUUUUGUUCUAAAAUGGCGGCAGCAGCCCACAAUGCAUUGCACAAUCACGUGCAAGUAUCGCAAGAUUUCGUUCAGGACGUGUGGCGUAUCCAGAACGAUGGCGUAAAGAAACCGAACACUAAGCAAGCAGGCGAAUGCAAGCCAGGGCAAAAGUUUAGCAAAAAUGUUGGAUGUUAACCGAAAAACGCACUAACCGGGACAGACGUUAACCAAGGUACCGCUGUAUAUCAAAACAACGUUUCCCAGAGGAAAUAACGAAAACGACAAAGAAUCUGUUCCAGGGUCAAACUGUGGCACUCAUAAGUCCUUUAUUAACUGCACAGGACCUGUUUGAAGUCACAUUUUAGCAUUCUUAACUGAGGCGGCCAUUUCAUUUUCAUUGCUUGUGUGAUUAAUUCAUAAAUUUUUAUUGUCCCAGGCCUAGUUCCCACGAGACAUUUUGUUUUCUGAACGAAGAAAACCCUAACCCCUAGCCCCUAACCCUAAGAUCUUAUGACAUGAAAUCUUGUGACACACCUAGUUCAUAAUAAUAAAAGAGUCUAUGUGCCACAGGACUGCAAUCUAUGUGUGGUGGCAGGGAGGUAAUGUGAUCACAUUUACAGAAAUGGAGUACAAAGACAUGAAAAGCAAAACCAAUAUGUACUUCCUUUUGUUGCUUCUGUCGAUUGUUUUUGAUUGGGGAGGGACCCACAGCAGCACUCGUGUGGUAUGCGCAUUGAUGUCAGUGUCGCCAAAGGUCUCUUUGCUGAAUUUGUGAAUCUUUUGAAAAAGAGCAUGGAGAGUGGUGGGAUUUCUCGCUAAACAUAACACUGAUCCCUCUUGCUACAUUUUCUUCUUCUCUGGCAGACCAGGUGCGUGAUAAUGUGUUGAUGAGUGAGGGCAAACAGGUAGCACCUUAUCUAUUUGUAGAACUCCACAUGUAUUGAAUGUUUGGGAAACGCACGGAGUCUUACUGCUUUGUGUAUCGGGUUAUCUUUUAUCUUGUAAAUUCUGUAUAAAUGUUGCAAAAGGGACACAAGAAUGCUGAGAAAAAGCCAAAACAUAGGCAGACUUAAUCCUUUGAUCCUUUGAGCUCUUGCAAGGGAUGCUGACUUCCCGUGUGACAUCGUCCGUAAUGGUGGUUAAAUCCUCAAACUUUUGUGUAACCCAAACCCCUCACCCUAACCUUCUAACACUAACCCUGUAACUCAAACCUGCUAACGUAACCCUCUAACUUGAAUUCUAACCCUAACCCUGUAACUCUAACCCUCACCCUAACCUUCUAACUCUAACCCUCUAGCUGUAACCUUCACUCUAACCCCUGACCUUCUAACCCUAACUGUAACCCUCACCCUAACCUUCUAACUCUAACCUUCUAACUCUAACCUUCACCCUAAGCUUCUAACUCUAACCCUCUAACUGUAACCCUCACCCUAACCUUCUAACUCUAACCUUCUAACUCUAACCUUCACCCUAAGCUUCUAACUCUAACCCUCUAACUGUAACCUUCACCCUAACCUUCUAACUCUAACCCUCUAGCUCUAACCCUCACGCUAACCUUCUAACCCUAACCCUCUAUCUCUAAUUCUAACCCGAAUCCUCAAACUCUAACCCUAACCUUCUAACCCCAACCUUAGUUUUGUGUGAGGCAUAUUUGGUCAAAUUCCAAAGAGUAUGAUGUCAUUUUACUUGGCUCCACUGUACUGCAAAAAAGCAUUAAAGUGUCACAGUAACCCCUGCAGAGAACUCCUCACAUGCAAAACUGCACUUAAAAACAAGGCUUUGCCUGUUUAAGGGUGCACGUUACCUGAGUGAGGGUCCAGUUUCUGCCGGUGCCGUAAAAGCUGACACAGGAUGGCUUCUCUGUGUGCGGCAUCCUCUAUCCCCGCUUCCUUCAGCUCGUUGUCAUUCACAUUCAGCAAACCCUGGUCGGGAUUAAGAUGGGGUCAACAACCCUUGUCCUAAACUUGCACGCACACACACACACACACACACACUGGUCAUUGACAUACCUCCAGUCCAUAAUAUUCCCUCUCCAGGGUCUUGGUGUACUGGGGCAGGCCAAUCUGCCUCAGCCACCAAGCGAUGGAGCGAUUGUUCAUGUCUGAGUGGGACAGAAGAUGAAAAUGGUAGUAAGCAUGCUAGCACACGAUUCUGUGCACAAAAUGAAAUCUGUUUUGACCUCUAGCAAGUUUGGCUUAGCAAGCCCCGUUGUUUGCACUGCAAAUGCUCCAGAAUGUGGCACCUACCUGCGGGCAGGAUCCGCCAAAGGAAUUCCUGGGAUCUCCAAUGCCGUUCCCGCUUCCUGGAGAUGUUGCACUCUCUCCUGGGUUCCCUACCUAGAAGUUGUCAUGUCUCCCAUUAAGUCUGUCUGUCAACUUUCUCUUAGCGGCGAAGCCUCAAACCUGCAGGGAAAGCCAAUCCGGUGGCGCCGUGGCAGACCAUGGCAGCUAAUCAGAGCACAGGAAUUAGCGUGAGCCCCCGGGAGGUGCAGAAGGGAAGCAGGUCCAGGCAGGAUCCCGGCAUGUGGUAGAGCGGAGGCCAGGAAUACGAGAAGGUGUGUGUGUGAAAAUGUGAAGUUGUUGGGCAGCUCUCGACGUGUCCUAGGUGAGACGCGCACGCAGCCGUCAUACUUUUAUCACAAUUAAAAGCCUUCUGUCUGGACACACAUCAUCAUUCAUACUGUAUAUUAGUAUGCAAACGUUUUUAAUAAGCUUUUUAUUUUGUAAAACAGUAAAUGACACAAACAGUUGGCAGGAUGGCACCAAAAUACAAAACAACACUUUGUAGAGGGGCCACAACAGAUGUCUUUCAGCUUUGGUGAGUAUCUGGAUAAAGGUGCAUAUGCAAAAGUGAGCUUCAGCGCCCUCCCCCCAGAAUCCUAAUGGCAUGGCCCGUCUGUGCAUCAUCCUCUAUGAACCAGGAAGUAGCCUGCUGACUAACAAAGCAACUACUGUAUGAACAAGGUUAGCUUAACCAGUUCAGCCUUGGUGGAGCUCUGUGCUGUGCUCGACAGCAUUCUAUAGUUAAUGUACGUGCAGUCUAGCCUUGCUAAAACAACACGUCUAAUGGUGACCCAAGACAUUUGCAUUGCUUUACGUGACAUAAAGCAGAGGUCCCCAGCCACCGAGACACAGGAAACUUUCAGGUGCAAUGAAAAUCACACUCAACAUUUUUGUUUGGAAACAUGGGCCAUACAUUUACACCCCACGGGGUCACCAGAGUUAAUUUUAAAAGCCGCAAACAGUUUGACUUCACUCAGCUGGGCUCGCCAUAUCAACGGCUGUGCCCGCGCCUACUCGAAUGCAUGUGUCAGGAAAAAGGAAGUUGCUCGAAGCCGCCGACAGCGCGAAAGAACACCCACCACGGAAGAGAGGCAAAACGGCAGAGUGUGACAAUGAAGUCAUGAAAGGACGACAAAGGCGGGCCGACGACUGAAGAACCAUCCGAAGGUGAGCUCAUUGUGUUCUACUUUCAGGUCUGGAUUGAUUUCUUUGUGUUGUUUUUCUUAUCAGCGUUGGUGAACAUUUUCAACACUGACUUUGUAUGACACUGACAAAAGUUCUGGGACCACCGACAGGAAGUGAAAGUGGAAGAAAAUGGCUAAAAACGAUCCAACAUAGAUACGAAAAGUCAUACACUCCUGAUCAAAAUGUUUAGAGCAGUUGAAAAAUGACGAAAACUGUUGGAUCUUAAGGAGCUUCUAAGUAGAGUUUCAAAAUGCAAAAAGAAGAAAUGGGAGUGAGACAAAACAGUAAUAGGCUGUUAAUCAGUUGAUUAAACGUUUGAGACCAUAAAUUGAAAAAAAAAAAGCCAAAAAGCCAGUUGAAAUAUAAUAAGAAAAGAGACAUUUUCUUAAGUCCUAAUGUUAGAAACAAGCAAAACAAGUAAGUUGGAAUUUUUGGAAAAUCAGGUUGCUGAAAAAAAAUUCUAAUGUUACAAGAAGAAAGUUGAAAUAGUUGAACAUUUUACAAUGAAACAGCAGAAAUGGAAAAAAAAGAUGUAAUUUAAUGAGACAAAAAAUAAAGAAAAAAACCCGCAAAUUUACAACCACAAACUCUUAAUAUUACAAGGAAAAUGAAUGUCACUUUAGUAGCAUAGAUUUGCAAUUUUAAAGUAUGUGUUUUUUUUAAGUCAUAAUAUUAUGAGAAAUUGAAAAAAAUACAAAAUAAAAUCAUGAAAAAAAUCGUCUGAAAAAUGGGUUUGGGCAUGCUUGAUGCUAGUGUUUCCAGGAGGCUAGUGGGAAUGUUGCUCCUGGUGGUGAAGAUAGCAUCACUGUGAGCAUCCACUGUCUGGAACUGAUGUCUGUUUUUGUAAACUUCCCUUGCAAUCCAUCCCCAAAUGUUCUCCAUUGGAUUUAGAUCAGGGGAAGAUGCAGGAUGGUCCAAAACAGUGAUUCCUCUGGAAGAAUUCCUUUGUCAGGCUGUCGAAAAAGCCAAUCAUUACCACACAGACGAGGGCCUUCAGUCGUGAGGGAUGCCCCUUGCAACAUCUCCACAUAGCCGCUUGCAGUUUGACGCCCCUGCACAACCUGAAGCUCCAUUGUUCCAUUGAAGGAUCAUGAUGGUGGAAAACAUCCCGGGUGGGAUCUCCUUGUCAUGCCAGUAACGUUGGAGGCCAUCAGGGCCGCCGAGGGAGAAUAAAACUUUCUUCCACCUUUCAAUGUCCCAUGUUUGGUGCUUUCCUGCAAAUUUCAAACGCUCAAUUUUGAAGAGCUUUUUUCUUCUUAAAAGCCUUCUCUGGCAGAUGGCAUGGUUAUUGGACUGCACUUGGCACCAGUAACAACCUUCAUUUAUUGUUUUUUUUUUUUUUGUUCAAUGAGCCUCAGGAUGUUUGAAGAAGUUUCAAAUGUCUUACUGCGUCCAACCUCAGCAGCAAUGGCGUACUGCGAGAGGUCUUGCUUAUGCAGCUCAACAAUCCCGCCGCCUUCAAAGAGCGAAAGAUUUUUUGCCUUUGCCAUCAAGAGAUCAUGACAGUGUGAAUACCUGACACUAAAUCACAUUCAAUCCACAUUUUUAUCGUUGGGCUCCUUGCUGGGCUCCCUGCAGACAUAUUGUAACAGUAAACAUGGGAUGUACUCCAGUGAAACCUCGUAUGCGUGCAUGUUCCAAAUUAACUAAAAACAAACAACCAGCAUUUCAACCAAUACUUGUGUCCAUUCAGCAAACAAAGAUGGAGCUGUGGCGUCAGUGUGGAAAGUGGCUGAUCGAGUGCCGAGUCCUACCCGAAACCCACCGAGUCACAUGGGAAGGAGCGCAGGUGUGCGAACUGGCUCAGGCGCUGAGAGACGGCGUGCUGCUGUGCCAGUUGCUAAACAACCUGCUGCCUCAGGCCGUCAACCUGAGAGAGAUCAACCUGCGCCCCCAGAUGUCCCAGUUCCUGUGCCUGAAGAACAUUCGUACCUUCCUGGGCGUCUGCCAGGAGAAGUUUCACCUGAAGAAGAGCGACCUCUUCGAGGCCUUUGACCUGUUUGACGUUCGUGACUUUGCCAAGGUCCUCAGCACCUUGUCCAUCCUCUCUCACUCGUCUAUUUCUAGUCAAAGAGGACUCCAGCCUUUCCCUUUAGGAGGAAACGUUCCUGAUGAUGAGAUCUACAACGGCCUGUCAGACAAGAUAGACGACACGCUGGAUGAGGACGAUGAUUUGUACGACUGCGUGGAUGAAGAGGAGGAUGUGGGGGAUGAAAUCUAUGAAGACUUGAUGAGAACGCUGGAACAACCUGAAACUAAGCCAGGAGUGGACAAGAGAGAGUGCUGCCUGCAGGAGAUCAAACAGACGGAAGGAAAGUACUCAGAUACCCUGGAAUCUAUUUUACAGCACUUCAAGAAACCUCUGGAAAAGUUUCUCCAAGCUCCAGACAUUGAGAGCAUCUUCAUCAACAUCCAUGAUUUGGCCAAAACACACCGGGAAUUCUUGGAGGAGAUCCAGAGUUCCAUUGUAAAUGGAGCCAGGAACCUCCACCAGGUGUUUCUGAACUAUAAGGAGAGGUUCCUACUCUAUGGGCGUUACUGUAGUCAAGUGGAAACGGCAAGCAAACAUCUGGACAAGCUGUCGAGUACGAGGGAGGACAUCAGGAUGAAGCUGGAGGAGUGUUCCAAGAGAGCGAACAGUGGACGAUUCUCCCUCAGGGAUCUACUCAUGGUCCCCAUGCAGAGGGUGCUCAAGUACCCGCUGCUCUUACAGGAACUGGUCAAACACACCACCCACCCUUCAGACAAGGAGAACCUGCGAACGGCUCUUGAUGCCAUGCGAGAUCUGGCGCAGUGCGUCAAUGAGGUGAAGCGAGACAACGAGAUCCUCAGACAGAUCACCACCUUCCAGUUGUCCAUGGAGAACAUGACCCAGUCCUUGGCCCUCUUUGGACGACCCAAGAUGGAUGGAGAGCUGAAGAUCUGCAGCACGGAGAAAAAGUCCAAGCAGGAAAGGUACGCCUUCCUCUUCGACAAGGCCAUGUUUGUGUGCAAGAAGAAGAGCGGCGAGACCUUUGAGCUCAAGGAGAUCAUCGAGCUUCAGUACUACCACAUACGGGACGAGACGGGCGGGGAGAAGGAUAAGAAGAAGUGGUCCUACUUGUUCCUUCUGCUGGAUCUCUACGGCAGGGGCGGCUACGACUUGUUCUUCAAAACACGAGAACUGAAGAAGAAAUGGCUGGAGCAGUUUGAGAUGGCUCUAUCCAACUUGUGUCCUGAGAACGCCACGGCCAACAGCCACGACUUCCAGAUGCACAGCUUUGAGGAGACGGCGUGUUGCAAGGCGUGCUCCAUGAUGCUGAGAGGGACUUUCUUCCAGGGCUACCGUUGCGCUCGCUGCAAAAUGGCGGCGCAUAAAGAGUGUUUGGGCAGAGUCCCGGCCUGCGGGCGCAGUUCAGACCACGGAAGCACUGCGAGGAAGAACAGGACACACAGGUCCUCUGGGAACGCAGGCAUCGGGUUUCCCAAGAUGGAGGCGUGUCAAGAGUACUUCGGCUUGCCGCCGCCCCCCGCGGGUUUCGGCCGACCGCUUCACUUCUACAAAGGUGAUGUCGUGGAGCUGACGCGGGCCGAGGUGGACCUGUCUUGGUGGGAGGGAAGGAACCUGGCUGGAGGUCAGACGGGAUGGUUCCCCUGCAGCAAAGUUCAGCCGUUUGUGAUUAGGCCCACCCCUGACCUGUCCGCCUACAGCUGGUUUGCAGGGAACAUGGACAGAUCGGCCGCAAAGAACCUGCUCAUGUCCCGCUCGGACGGAACCUACCUGGUCCGACAGAAGGAUGGAGGAGAGUUUGCCAUCAGCAUCAAGUUCAGCAUGGACAUCAAACACAUUAAAAUCACCUCCUGUGAUGGCCUCUUCCGCAUCAACGACAAGAAAGCCUUCAAGAGUUUAGUGGAGAUGAUCGAGUUCUACCAGCAGAACUCUUUGCAGGAGUGUGUGAAGGACGUGGACACGACGCUGCACAUGCCUCACAAGCAGGCCGAGCAGAGCAGCUGGCCUCAUCACCCGCCCAAAGACACGCCCCAAGGAGGCGUCACGCGCUGCUUCAGCGUGGCCAAGGCCAGGUACGACUUCUCCGCCCGCGACCGCUCAGAGCUAUCGCUGCGUGAAGGAGACACCAUCAAGAUCCUGUCCAAGAAAGGCCACAGCGGCUGGUGGAAAGGAGAGGUGUACGGCAGGGUGGGCUUCUUCCCUGCCAACUAUGUGGAAGAGGACUUCUCUGAAUACAGCUGACCAAGUGGACCCUUGUAGAGCCACCAUGAGAAGCUGGUCAUCUCAUGAUGUGAAUAAACAAAUGUGUUUCUAUGACCAUGAAAGUAUUAUUUACCUAUCAGGAAGGAUGAACACCACUUCCAGGCUUUUAUAAGGAAAGGAACCACAUUUGGUGCAGUAGUCGAGAAGAACAAUGUGAUGGAAAUCAAUCACACUUUAGGCAAAUAUCAACUUUAUUCCCAUGAUAUCAAAACAAAAAUCACAUUACAUCAAGUUUCUGGCAUCAUCAACUUG